AGCGAACGCCAACUCCGUAUCUCUCAACCUCCAAAAGCACUCGGCUUUGAUAAACCACCCGCUAUGGAUACCCUGCUACACAGCCCGUCAUCAAUGGCCAAGCGACCCUGCCCCUCCCAAAACCCUAGAAUCCCAAACCUGAACCAAUUGGACAGGGAUCAGCUUCUGGACACAUUUCUCGAGUUCUCUGACUCGCCCCCUUUCGCCAUCGACCUCUCUUUUGAGAGGCUUCUCGAGUCCAGGUCCUGCGAUGCCGAUCAGACCAAGCUCAUCGAUCGCGCUCUCCAAUUGGGCUCUGUGCUUCUCGAGGCUGCUAAGCGCUCUGCAAGAAAACGAGCCUCCAAGCACAACUCUCUCACCUGGGCCCUCCCUCCCGACCUCACCAUCAAGGUCUUUUCCAUGCUUGAUACACAAAGCCUAUGCUAUGCUGCAGCUACUUGUUCAAUGUUCAAUAAAUGUGCCAUGGAUCCUUCUUGCUAUGCCAAUAUUGACUUGACAACAGUUGUCCCAAAAGUUAACAAUGCAGUUGUUUCCACAAUGAUUCAACGAGCUGGGAAAGCUCUUCAGUCUCUUAAGCUUGGUGUAGUUCCAGGCCCAACUACGCCGCUUGGAUCUUGUCAGCCUUUAGUUUAUACCAUCAGGAAUUCUGUAGAUGUUUCCAACUUUUCAUGGAAUGAUAAGAGAUCCAGGCAAGGGAAGGAGUCAUCCGUUCUUACCAGAUCCUGUUUAAGCCCUUUAGGCGGGAAUAGUGGUGCUCCAGGGACUCUUUUGAGAAGGUUGCACCUUUACAAUAUUGAAAGGAUGGAUAAUACGUCACUUUGUGGGGCAUUAGUGGCCUGUCCAUUUCUCCUUGAUCUGGAAAUUGUUGGCCUUCACGUUGAAUUGAGGCAAACAUUGCAAUCUGUGAGUGCAAACUGUCACUUGAUAGAGCGUCUGUUCUUUGAAUCUUCAAAAACAGGUAGAGAUGACAGUUUGAAAUCACCAACUUGUGUUGAUCUUAUGACUGAUUGCCCUCAUCUUACGUCACUGGCCCUCAGAGGGUUUAAGUUGCAUGAUUAUAAAGUUCGUAUACUUCUGAAGGGAUUGAGGAAAUUAAAGUAUGUUGAUUUUUCAACAUCCUACUCAAUCACUGGAGCAUUUUUAAGGAACCUCGGAAGCAACACAGGUGGGAAUCUGCUGGAAGUCUUAAUUUUGCGGGAUUGCAUGCAUCUCAAAAUGGUGGAGGCUGCUCGGUUGAUGACAGCAGUUCUUGCUGGGGAUUUCAAGUUGCUUAAACAUCUUGAUAUAUCUAAUAGAGAAGGCUUGGCAUCUGAGAAUGACUGGUAUCAUAGAUGCUACAGCACAAGUACAAUUCCCAUAAGGCGGGUGUUGGAAGAAAGGCCUAAUCUCUGUCUGUUGGCAGAGUUUCCGCCAGAAGGAAGUUACGCCGACAUUGAUCAAAUGUUUGACAGCGAGCCAUAUAGUGAUAUCAGUCUGCCAUCAGCAUCGCAGAUGAGCAGUCCUUCAUCCGAUGGUUCAAUGUUUGUGAGUUUUUCCGAGAGCAGUUACAAUAGUGAUCAUGGUAGUGGCAACGAGGAUGCUCGAGAUGCUGGUUAUGUUAUCUAUGAUGAAAGCUCAGACGAGGUAGACUAUGUGGCUGUGUAGGAGAAAAUACCAAAUAUGGCAAGGAUUGAAAUAUGUGGCCACCAAAUGGAUCAUUGUUGCCUAUAUGAGAUGCCAGCACAAAUUUGAACGGUAAAUAAGACUUGUGGACGGAGUUGGUGUGCCGCCGCGAUCACAGUAUCAUCACAGUUUCAUAUGUGAAGUUCGGUGGUGGGCUCCCGGUACUUGCCAGUAUGAGUAGAAUAGCCCUUGAAGCCCUGUUAUCUCAUUUCUUUUAUCUUUUUAGUCCUCGAUAUCACCCUGUUUAUCAUAUGGGAUUGUGGGUGGAGCAGCUCUCAGCUCUCUUUACUUCGUUUUGUAUUUAAAAUUUAAAAAGAUCUUGUAGCUGCAGAGCUUAUAUGCGUGCAAAAUCUAUUGGAUGACAUGAAAAUUUAAUUAUCUUUA